UGUAUCUUUGCGAAACGGAGCUUCUCUUGUUCUGUUGGCAGUGGAGCGGAGCUCCGAAAAGCCAAGCUGGACAUCCUUCGGGCACAUCACGGUGUUCCUUUUUUGAUUUUACGAUUAUUGCGUUGAGUUGAACAACGCCAGCAAAUGUGAGGCUAGACCUGGGCGAGGCCGAUAUAAAACCUCGAUGCUGCAUCACCCAAAGGCCCUCAUCACACUCAGUACCAUUCCAGCUUCCUUCCCACUCUUCACUUCACAGCCACUCUUUCAGCCUUGAAGGCUUCAAAUACUUUCUUUACUAGACACCUUUCAACGCUAUCCAAACCCACCAACCCACCUACAAAAUCUCAAGAUGCAGUUCCUCGCUAUCCUCGCUAUUGCUUUCGCCGCAACCGGUGUUUCUGCUUGCAAGGACGAUAACAUCUUCUGCGCUCCUGGCAUGGGUCCUUGCGCCGACCCCGCUGCGAACUGCGCCAAGCGCUCUGUCGACACCACGUUCGGAGGCUUCGCGAACGUUGCCCGCACUGUCAACGAACUGAACAAGCCGGCCGAGGCCAAGAUUGAUGCCGAGUAGACAUCCGAUCAAUUGGUCUACUCGAAUCAACAGCAUGUAUUGCAUUUGAAGCGCUUGGGGCUUGGUGAAGUGGCAUUUGGGAGGAUGUUGAGCUUGAUAGUGACAUAUAGAUUCUUUUGUACAACAACAAUUUCAGGAUGAUGGAC